AUGCGUCUCGACGUAGAAAGUCUUUCGAGAGUCGUCUCCUUAAUUGAUCCGGCAGAAGUUUCAACUCUUUGCGAUGGAAAAAUCGAUGCGGUUUUUUUCACAAGAAACGAAGGAGAUAACAAAGAAACAAUAGCCAUGGAGUAUUAUGGUCUGAAGUACGCGGAAGAUCGUAUCUAUAAAGAUCGUUAUCCAAGAGAAAUGCCGUUUCGAGAUGCAAUCAACCGCACCAAAGUUGCUGAGUACUAUUCUUCUGAUGUCAAAUGCGCUCAAUUACAAUUUCCCUGGAGCACGAUCCUUGAUGAAGAAAUUUCGAAGCAAACUCAUCUCAAGAGCAGACAAAGAAGUGACGAGUUCAAGGAAAUGAUAGAAAUAAUUAAACAUACAAGGAGACCAGUGUUUAUCAGAGAAGCGGCGAAAAAAUUUCUGAAAAUAAAUGGAAUUGAAAAAAUUGCCGUGAUGCAUUGGCGAUAUGAUGAUAACGACUAUAUUCACAAUAAAAAUUGGCGAAGGCAAAUGGCGGAGGAUUUUAUAAUGGAGAUAAGGGAUGAUUACGACGAAAAUCUUAUUCUCGACGAGAAAAAUCUUUACGACGACAUUCUGUAUGGAAGCUUCCAAGAUUCCUACUGGAACUUGACGUACAAGGAAAUCAUGUUCUACACUUGGACGGAGCAAAAGGCGCCAAAUGUCAAAUUCGUCUAUCGAGGCGACGAUGACAAUUUUUUGAACCCGCUUGGAUUGAUGAAGUUUUUUGACGAGCACUGGAGCCAAGCAAAUGCAGAACCAGCCUUGUGGGGUGGAAUAAUAAAGGAAAACAAUUCGUUGCUUGGCCAAGGAAUGAAAGUGGAAGAAAUAAGAAAAGAGAGAAAAGCUGAUGUGUGGCCAGGGUUGAAAUUUCCCCCUUAUCCUGCUGGUUCGGGCCAAAUCAUCAAUCGAAACGCUUUAUUCGUUCUUGGAAGCCAGAUGCAGCGCACUCCAAUAACUUCUGUUGAUGAUGCCUUUGUUGGAAUUUGCAUGCUGUACGCUGGCUUCGAACAGGGCCCGGAAGGCUACUGUGUGCCAACGGAAUCGAAUUGCUCCUGCGCCGAUUGUGUAGAUUUUCUUGAACUCGAAAAUUAUAAAAAUGCUAUUCUCGAUCAUGAGAUGGGCGUCACCUGCUGUUCAUUGGUUCAAGUACAUUCGAAAAUGCUUUUUAGAGGUAUUUACAGGAAAAUCAUCAUCGAUGAAGAAAACGCUGAAUACGUCUCUCAAGAAGUUUCGAAAGAUAAACCUGUUUUUAAGCUUGUUUAUGGGAAAAUAAACUCUGAGGAGUCUGGUUGGCAUAUUUUGAUGGUUCAAAAUGACACUUAUAACCCAUUUUAUGCUUUUGGCGAAACAACUAGCAAGAACAACUGCCCAAAAAAGCUGAUUGGUUCUGGACCUUUCGUUGGAAAAGAAGCGUCUGUUCACUGUUACCACAUGAAAUACGACGAGAUGACGAUAUCGGGAUUAUGA